GAGCGCGCGGGGUGGGCCGGAGCCGGCCUGGUCGCCAGCCUAGCCCGGCGCAGUGAGCGGAGCGCCUGGGCGGCGGCGGCGGCGACGCGAUGGCUCCUGCCGCGGACCGGGAGGGCUACUGGGGCCCCACGACCUCCACGCUGGACUGGUGUGAGGAGAACUACUCUGUGACCUGGUACAUCGCCGAGUUCUGGAAUACAGUGAGUAACCUGAUCAUGAUUAUACCUCCAGUGUUUGGUGCAAUUCAGAGUGUUAGAGACGGUCUGGAAAAACGGUACAUUGCUUCUUAUUUAGCACUGACAGAUGGUCACUUUCUUACUGUGUCUCACAUGGCCUUCCCUCUGUUUGUGCUGUGGAAAGAGAAGCAAGCUUCAGGCUCUUCCUCUUGUAAGGGCACUAAUCCCAUCCUGGGGACGCCACUCCCACAUGACCUCAUCACCUCCAAAAGUCUCACCUCCAGAUAUCAUCACAUUAGGGUGGUAGGAAUGGGAUCCUGGUGCUUCCACAUGACUCUGAAAUAUGAAAUGCAGCUAUUGGAUGAACUCCCAAUGAUAUACAGCUGUUGCAUAUUUGUGUACUGCAUGUUUGAAUGUUUCAAGAUCAAGAACUCAGUAAACUACCAUCUGCUUUUUACCUUAGUUCUAUUCAGUUUAAUAGUAACCACAGUUUACCUUAAGGUAAAAGAGCCGAUAUUCCAUCAGGUCAUGUAUGGAAUGUUGGUCUUUACAUUAGUACUUCGAUCUAUUUAUAUUGUUACAUGGGUUUAUCCAUGGCUAAGAGGACUGGGUUACACAUCCUUGGGUAUAUUUUUAUUGGGAUUUUUGUUGUGGAAUAUAGAUAACAUAUUUUGUGAUUCACUGAGGGACUUUCGAAAGAAGGUACCACCUAUCAUAGGUAUUACCACACAAUUUCAUGCAUGGUGGCAUAUUUUAACUGGCCUUGGUUCCUAUCUUCACAUCCUUUUCAGUUUGUAUACAAGAACACUUUACCUGAGAUAUAGGCCAAAAGUGAAGUUUCUUUUUGGAAUCUGGCCAGUGAUCCUGUUUGAGCCUCUCAGGAAGCAUUGAUGAAUCAUUCCACCAAGAAAACAAACAAGCACCUACCACAGACCUGGCAGAAUAAACAAGGAAAUCCUUAAAGAUCUACAAGUUCAAAUAUGUCACGACCAUCACAGCAGAGGAGUGACUUCUGACUAAUGCUGCCAGCCGCACAGAGAAUGAGGAAUGCGGCCUGCUGGGUGUUUAGUUCAUGCCUUCCUCUCAUUUGUCACCCUCCCCCUUUCACCCUCCAGUUUAUAAAGAAACAGAGAUGAUGUGUGUGUACAACCUCAAAUGCAGAAACAAUUGGGCUUUUCUUAACAGGUUAACAGUUUGUGAUGGUUAUAAGAAAUUAACUUUUUUUUUUUUUUUUGCCAAGGGUUGCAUGUGAAUUAUACCUUUCUUAAUAUAUGAUUAAAUAAUGCAAACAGUCAGCUAAGGGCCAACAAAACCCCAUAUCGAGCAUAUCCAGAUAGUUAGCUGUGAGCCAGCACUCAGCUGUAUCAGAUUUGAUUAAUAUUGUUGUAUUAAUCUCAUGGAUGUUUCUCAAAGGUUAAAGAAAAAGAGGAAGAAGAGCGAGCUAGCUGUGGGAUUCUGUGUAGUUCUUCACUAUCUGUUCUGGGGCUAGUUGGAGUGUCAUAAGCAAGCUCAGACGUGCCCCUGGUUCAGUACUUAACCACAUCCCAGGAUUUAUGGUGUCUGCCUAUGGCCACAGCCAACCAGAAUAAGUGGGUCAUCUUAUCCCUUUCUGAAGCUCCAUGAGGACACGUAUAGAAUGCUGCAACUUCAGCCAACUCUGUUCCUCUGAUCUUUGCAGACCUUUUUAAGUUGUCACCAUUUUUAUGACUAGACAAAUAUGACUGGUGGUCUAGACUGCCCAUAGUUCAUCCUCCUCACAUAACUUACUUGAAGUUGUCAGGGAAUGUCAUUACUCUCUGACUUUUUAAAUUAUGCAGUAUUUUCCAGUUCUCAGAGAGGUCAUGGUUGUGUCCAGGGAAGUGUGUUGCAUUAACUAAAGCUAAAAUGAUGGUGAUCCUAUUUACAUAAAGCAUAUUAAAAUAUCUGCUUCUUAAUUUUCUGAAGGGAAUAGAUAAAAGUUUCUGUACAGAGCCCACAAAAAUUAGGGUGCUAAGAAAUGACAGUAAAAUCUCAUCAUAAGGCAGCUAGUUCUAAUUUGCAUUUGAAUGUAUAACAAAUUUCAUCACUUUUCACAAACAUAACACCUGCCUGGAGUAAAAAUCUGAUUUUACCCCUCUGCUUAUGUAUCAUCAUAUUUGUAGCUCUGCAUCAUUUAGCAUUUUUAUGACUUUUUUUGCUUUUUGUAAAUUAUUGUAAAAUCCAGAUUGUUUUUACCACAUGGUGACAUGACUCAAGAUUAAAUCCUGAGCUACAGUUUAAAAGGAAAAUCAUUUUUUCAUAUGUAAAGAUGGUAAAACACUUUUGUCAUUUGUUCCAGUACUAAGUAGCCUUCAUACAAAUUUAAAACCAAAAACUAUUCUGUUGUUUGUCUUCACCUACUAGCCUCAGUUUUAUUAACCAAGUAUCCAAGGAUGUCAAGUUGGCAUCCUUCCCUUAGCAUACCAACAAGCCAGUAGACUGAUUCUUCCGCCUACUUUUAUGAUCCUCCAGGAAGAAAAACACUUUCCAAAACAUUAAGAGAACUUUGGUUUUGCCUUAAGAGGGUAUAAAACUAAACCAUUCGAAGGUACAGCCCAUAAGACUGUACUUGAUUUUGCCCCAAGAUUCUGACUUCUGGCUACAUUUCACCUGCAGUUACCUGGGCUAUCAGCCAUGAUACAUUUUUUAAUUCAUUUUUUUAACUUAUCUUUUUAUACUUUUCAGUUAGAUAUUCUUCAGCAUAAAUAAUAUAUAUAUACAGUGUAGGAUAAAGGUAUAUCCUACAUGGCAAUGCUGUUAAACAUGGUAAAACUGAGUUUCUGCAGGAUUAAAGUCAAAUUAAGGGUACAGAGAGCACACCUUGAUACUGAGGCCAUUUAGAGUAAUUUGUUUAAUCAGUGAUUUCUUCACCACCACCAGUGGCCACCUGUUCAAUAAAAUUGUCCAGCACCUCAGUGGAGAGUCAUCUACACCCUAAGGUGACCUGUAAGACUGUGGCCAAUUCUUUGAAAACCCUUGUUUCUGUUGGGAGAAUGGAAAGCAGAAAGGGAAGCCAGGCUCCUUAAUUUUCAAGUCAGCUGUGCCUCGUUUUAGCAACUAAGUAAAACACUCAAGACUUUG